GAUACCCUAUAGAUAGCCUAUGUGCAUCCAUCAGGUAAUGGAUCCCAUUUUCUGCAUCAUAUGGUGUGGCAGUGUGCUGUCAAGACUGAUGUGCAUUGGAUCUGUCAUAUCACUCACCAUCCCUGAGGGGGUGGGUUAAUAGAAAGUAAUGCUUUUGAAACACCAAGUGAAAGUUCUCCUUCACUCAGACAUGCUGAGAAACUGAUUUACAGUGUGAAGCCACGCAGAGCUGUGAUCCUGAAUAAAAAAGUCCAUGUUCAAACUCAUACUGCUCAUCAAUUGCUGCUAGGACGCCAGCAUCAUGAAGUCCAAUACAGUUUGUACCAGGAUGAUGCUGAUGAUAAGUAGGGAUCUACAAUAUCCUGAUUUGGAGGGGAUCCAUAAGGAUCACUGAGCCCGACUCCUGGCUCCAUGCAGAGCCACCCAAACAUCAGACCACGUGGCUGAGAGCAUUGUCCAGGCACUUCAACUCCUGCAAGCUCAAUGUCAAGCCCCUUUCCCCUGGGGAGCCUGUUCCAGUGCCUGACCAUCCUUUUGGUGAAGAACCUGUUCCCAGUAGCCAACAUGAGCUUCCACUUAGUACUUCCUGGGGAAAAGACAUCAACUAAGAUCUUAGCUUGGGAUCCAAGAGCCACUGAAAGGACAGGCUGAGCCUUCAAAAUAUGUGUUUCAACAUGUACAGUAUGAACUAUAACUGCUUUACAGAUCUGAAAGACAAUGUCCUCUGUCUUCCUGUUGCUGACAACACUUGUUGAGACCUUUCAUUGUUGAGCCCCGCUAAACCUUACCUGUAAUGGUGAGUCUUUGUGGCUGGAUACUAAUUCAGCAACUGAACCAUGUACUGGAGUCUUCAGGGUCACUGCCUACGUGGCUGUGGAACAAGGGGUGAGGUGACCCUAGUGGUCAGAGCACAAGGGAAUAAUGCCACUUCCAGUUGACCAGAAGUGGGACUGCUGGGGAUUGUGGACCCUGCAACACAUCUUAAGAAUCAUGCCUUUGCAUAGGGUGGAGAACCAAGCAUGUUCACCUAUGCACAGCCUUCAGCAGUACAUGCUUUAUAUCCAGAAGGACACAUAAAUGUAUGGAUAGCCCAUAACCCCUCACUAACCAGCUAUAGCACAGUGCCCAUGACUACCCAGGUGUGUGCCUUCAUACCACUGACACCCUGUGACUGCACUAUGCAGUAGUGUAAUUAAUCAGUGUAUACACAAUCAAUGUGGGUGGAUUCAGUCUAUGACUAGUAUAUUGUCUUGUCCACCUGAAAUAUUGUAUGCACCUGGUAAGGAAUUGUAACUAUUGAGAUGAGGAUAUUGGAACGUAUUGUCCAAGGUCAAAGCUAAGUCCACAUUCUGCACAAUGUGCUGUGUCCCACAGGGAGGAGAUUGACCAAUGCUGCAAUUUUAAUCUUUACUCCGUGAACUAGUUAACCAGCUUUUAAUUGUCAAUGCCUUUCUUACUGAGAUGCCAAAAGGACUGAUAGCAGCUUGGUGCAAAACAUUCUCCGAGGAGAAAAGUUGGAGUCUAUUUAGACAACAAACUCUUUAACUUUCUCGCUCCUUUCUGAUAUCCUGGAAUUGUGUGCUUCCGUCAGUAAAGCUGUAAUCUACCAUUUGGCAGCUUAGCAGCACAGCAUGGGAGGGCUGAUUGGCAAGGGGAAGCAUCAAGCUUCAUGUGUGAGGAUGUGAUCCUGGGGUUUUCCAAGAAAUUUUUUUGUACGUGGAAUUUCCCGUACUAUGAACAACAGGCUGGCUGAGAGAAUAAAAGGCUGUACUAAAGGCAAGGGAGACACAGUCCAGACACUUUGAGCUGAGUUUUAUCUUCAAGUCUGUGUUCAGCAGCUCAGCAACAGAGAGCAGUCGCUGGGAAAUAUUACAGAGCACUUCUACAGCACCUGACCAAUACAACUACAACCUCCCUCUGCUUAAAAGAUAAAGAGAAGAGAAAGCUCUCAGAGAAAUGAAUUGCCUGUGGUUCCUAUCUCUUCUUGCUUACGGGCUUACAAUACUAGAGGUGGUGAAUUGUUGGACAUACCAUUAUUCAGACACAAACAUGACCUACAAAGAGGCAGAGUUAUGGUGCAAAAAGAGGUAUACUAACAUGGUUGCCAUUCAAAACAAGGAUGAAAUCAACUAUCUUAAUGACUUCUUACCCUUCAAUCCGGGUUACUACUGGAUUGGAAUCAGAAAAAUUAAUGGUACGUGGACCUGGGUUGGAACAAACAAAGAACUGACAGACGAAGCAGAAAAUUGGGCUUCAGGUGAACCAAAUGGCAAAGGGAACAACGAGGACUGUGUUGAAAUCUACAUCAAAAGAGGGAAGGAUGACGGCAAAUGGAAUGAUGAGAAGUGUGAAAAAAAAAAGGUUGCCUUGUGCUAUACAGCUUCUUGCAACCCAUCUUUCUGCAGUGGCCGUGGAGAAUGCAUAGAGACCAUUAACAAUCACACCUGCCAGUGUAACCCUGGAUUCUAUGGGCCAGAUUGUGAAUUUGUUAAGACUUGUGAUCCACUAAAGAAACCUGAUCACGGCAGCCUUGAGUGCAACCAUCCAUUGGAGGACUUCGGCUAUAACUCCUCAUGCACAGCUCAGUGUGAAGAAGGCUAUGAGCUGAAUGGACUGGAGUCAGUAUACUGUAUGUCUUCUGGAAACUGGUCUGACACACUUGCAUCAUGCAAAGCUGUGACCUGCCCUGCUUUAGAAAUGCCUGCUCAUGGCUCUCUCAACUGCUCCCAUCCCUCUGGGGAGCUUCCCUGGGGUACCACCUGUGAGUUCACCUGUGAGGAAGGAUUUGCUCUGACAGGACCAUCCACUCUGCAGUGUGGAUCUUCUGGGGCCUGGGACAAGCAGCAGCCAUCCUGUGCAGCUGUGAGGUGUGAGGCUGUAACCUGGCCAGAAGAAGGUUCUGUGAGCUGUGCUUCUGCAGAUCUCACCUAUGGUUCACACUGUGAUUUCCAUUGUCGAGAGGGCUACGUUUUGGAGGGCCCAUCCAGCAUUAAGUGCAUGGCACAGGGACAGUGGUCAGAGCCAUUCCCAAAAUGCAAAGCUGUGACCUGCCCUGCUUUAGAAAUGCCUGCUCAUGGUUCUCUCAACUGCUCCCAUCCCUCUGGGGAGCUUCCCUGGGGUACCACCUGUGAGUUCACCUGUGAGGAAGGAUUUGCUCUGACAGGACCAUCCACUCUGCAGUGUGGAUCUUCUGGGGCCUGGGACAAGCAGCAGCCAUCCUGUGCAGCUGUGAGGUGUGAGGCUGUAACCUGGCCAGAAGAAGGUUCUGUGAGCUGUGCUUCUGCAGAUCUCACCUAUGGUUCACACUGUGAUUUCCGUUGUCGAGAGGGCUACGUUUUGGAGGGCCCAUCCAGCAUUAAGUGCAUGGCACAGGGACAGUGGUCAGACCUGUUCCCAAAAUGCAAAGUUGUACAAUGUGAACCACUGAAGUCUCCUGAGAAAGGCUCCAUGGAUUGCAUACAUGGUGCUGGGAACUUCACAUAUGACACAGCCUGCCACUUCAGCUGCCUGGAAGGAUGGAAUCUCAGUGGUUCUCGUGUUCUUGAGUGCAGUCUUUCAGGAACCUGGAGUGCCAGUCUGCCCACAUGUGAAGCUUCUCAACAAGUUGGCUAUGUCACUGUGGGCAUAGCAGCCACCACUACCUCUCUGCUUGCCACAGCAUCAUUCCUCUUUUGGCUUGCAAAACGGUUACGAAGCAAAGUAAAGAAAUUCACUCCUGCCAGCAGCUGUCAGCACCUCACUACUGAAAGCCAGAAUGUCUAGCUCCAGGUGUUUCAGGAAUUGAAGCCAUCUUUGCUCAUGUCUCAGAGAUUUUCAGGAAAUGAAACUCCAUGCAGAUCAACAGCUGACCAGAUGUUUUUACCUCUUGCUGACAAGAUGAUUCACCUUGUGUAUUGCUCAAAUUUUGAACUCAAGCUGUCUGGUAUUUCCAUAGAAGACUAACAAGCAGAGAGCAAAACUCUGGCCUUCUGGCAAAACGCUGUCUACAUUCAGUCAUGUAGUUAUCAUAACUGGGAGCUUGCCAUGUCUUGUCCAGAUGGUGAGCAAAUAGUAAGCUGCUGGCUAAGGAGGAGGCUGGUUUCUCCUCUGGUCUACUAGGUGAGGUACCUGGGUGAGGUGAAGACAUGCAUUAUUUCACAUCACUUACUACACUGCUGGAGAUGUCUCCUCUGGAGACAUAUGGGUUAUGCUGGCAGAAACAAAGUAAUUGGGGUUAAAAACAUUCUCAAUUGCUUUGAAGCCAUUGAUCUGGCUUAUUGUUGAAGUCAUUUUAUUUUAAGAUGUUCCCAUAUGCCUGAAGUGACAUAGGCAAUUAUCUGGGUUUCUGCUGCAUGUUCCAGAAAGCCUUUGGACUUUACUUUUUGUUGAUGGCACUGGGAAUGAUAGUGCUUGUACUAGGUACUCUGGUUUCUGAAUGCAGCAAGUAGGUGGGAAGUUCUCAUCCCCAUGGGAUUGUGCACUGUAAUACAGAUGUGUGGAUGUAAAUAUUUAAUUUGCUGUGUAAUUUUUACCGAGGGAUUUCUGUGCUGUUAAUGGCAACUAUAUUUAAAACACCUGAUCCUGAUCUGGGCCCAGAACCUUUUAAAAAUGAGUCAGAAAUAUGCAGGCAUGUAAUCUUAAUGAACAUAAUUUACAGAUAAAAUAGAAGCCUCGGGUUUUUAUAUAUGUUGCAUGUAUGAACUAUUGUGCUGUUAAAGGACUUCAAAUGAGAGUCUUAAUUUAUGUGUAAGUUAUAAAUUAAUCAUCUCUGCUAGACUUAGAAUCUGAU